CCUUUGUGUACGAUAAUUACCCAGCAUGCCUGUGGGCCGUCCUUUCCCUCCAUCUACCCCAGUAGUGACGGUAAACUUACCUGGAGAAGCGUGACGAUGCCUGGACGACUGUGGAGUAAGGCCAUCUUCACUGGCUACAAGCGCGGUCUGAGGAACCAGCGUGAACACACGGCUCUCCUGAAGCUGGAGGGCUGUUACACCAGAGAUGAGGUUGACUUCUACCUGGGAAAACGUUGUGCCUACGUGUACAAGGCCAAGAAGAACACAGUAACGCCCGGCGGUAAACCCAACAAGACCAGAGUGAUCUGGGGAAAGGUGACCCGGGCUCACGGCAACAGUGGCAUGGUCCGAGCCAAGUUCAGCAGCAACCUGCCAGCUAAAGCCAUCGGACACAGAGUCAGAGUGAUGCUGUAUCCUUCUCGGGUGUGAAGAGGAGCUAUCGUCUCAUGUGAUGUUGUUUGUACAGAAACAAUAAAAUGACCAGGUCUAAACCUGC